AAAUUUUUGAAAGAUGAUAUAUAAAUUUUAUAGCUUUCAAAUUAUAUAAAACUAAUUAAAACCUAUGAUAAAUAUUUAUAACUCCUUAAAUCUAUGAUUUCCUCACAAAUUGCCAAAUUAAUGUUUAAUAUUAUACACGCACGAAAAUACAUACGUUUUUUUUGGUAAAUGAACACGUAUACAUACAUAUGCAUGCAAUAAUAAAAACGUCUUCCACAUGACUUCUACUCAUGAACUAUUUGUUUAAGAAGUUACAAAAAAAAGUACGGUAUUUGUUUAAGAAGUAAACAAAUCAGAAUUUUGUGCAAAUUCGAGAUAUCUGAACGCAGCUUUUAAUGUACCAUGAUGCAAUGGGAACAUUGAAAUAAUCUAUUCGUUUCACUAACUGACAAAAUAAAAAUACAGGUGUUAUCAUUAUUUCUUCUUAAAAGAAAAAUCAGAAAUCAUAGUACGCAGCUCAUAUACAUACCUUCUACACCCUGAGAAAGCACCUGCCCAUAAAAAAAUGGAGUUUCCAUGGCUCUUCCUCACCCCAUUCACACUUUGUCUACUACUCUCAUUCUCUUCUACUGCUGAAUCUUUCAAACGAUGCCCUAACUGUGGCUCCACCCGAGUUCCAUACCCGCUAAGCACAGGACCCGGUUGUGGUGAUCCGGAUUACAAGAUCCGGUGUGACAUCCGCGGUUCCCUAUGGUUUGAUACCCUCAACGGAUCAACCAAUCCGAUCAAACUCAUUGACCCAUCAGGCCAACGGUUUGUCCUUGCUCCACCCGGGUUCGAACCCAACACAUGUGUAUCAGUCGAUAUCAAGAGCCACGGUAUUCAGCUAGACCCAACCCUUCCUUUCAAUGUAAGUAGUAGUAACACAGUUAUAAUCAUGAACUGUACGAAAGACGGCCUAGAUGGAUACAUCUCUCAAGGUUUCAACUGUUCAGAUAAUAGCUUGUGCCACAAGUUUCUAAAUGAGAAUCCUGAGGCACGAGGCAAGUGUAGAGGAGUGACAUCGUGCUGCUGGUAUAAGACCGGUGCAUCAGUUAAUACUUAUAAAGUUUAUAGGGCUAGGACAGAGAAGUGUACAGCUUAUCAGAGUUUUAUGAAUUUGGAUCUGACGAUGCCGGUUAGCAAAUGGGGCGAACCGGCCGUGGAGAUACUAUGGGAAGCUCCGAGAGAGCCGGUUUGUAAGAUACCGGGAGAUUGUACGGGUUUGGUUAAUUCUGUUUGUUCGGUUGAUCCAAAGAGUUUGGGACAGAAGAGAUGUUUAUGCAAGAAAGGGUUACAAUGGGACGCGGUCAACGCAGUAUGUGAAGUCAAGAGGUGCUCAAACGGAAAGAAGUGCAAGCGACGGAGCAAUUUACCUUUAAUCGGAGGUUUGGCCGGAGGUGUGGGUGUGUUAUUGAUCGCGGGAGGCGUAAUGAAGAUCAUAAUCUCGAAGCAGAAUCGGGUCGUCGCCGGAAGCCAAUCGUGGGCGAGCAUAAGGAAACUCCACCGACACCUCUUAAGCACCAACAGCGCCGGACUCGACAGGAUCUUCUCCGGCAAAGAAAUCGUCAAAGCGACGAACAACUUCUCCAAAUCCAACCUCCUCGGCUUCGGCGGAUUCGGCGAGGUUUUCAAAGGCGAUCUCGACGACGGGACAACAGUCGCCGUGAAGCGAGCCAAGCUCGGGAACGAGAAGAGCAUAUACCAGAUCGUCAACGAGGUUCAGAUCCUCUGCCAAGUAAGCCACAAGAAUCUCGUGAAGCUACUCGGAUGCUGCAUCGAGUUGGAUAUGCCGAUUCUCGUUUACGAAUACGUCCCUAACGGAACGUUGCACGAGCACGUCUACUCUAACGGAACGUACGAGCCGUUACCGUGGCGGCGCCGUUUAAUGAUCGCUCACCAGACGGCGCAGGGAGUUGCUUACCUCCACUCAUCCGCCUCCCCGCCGAUUUACCACAGAGACGUGAAGCUGAGCAACAUUCUCCUCGACGAGAAUCUCGACGUUAAGGUAGCAGACUUCGGGUUAUCGAGAUUGGGCGUGAGCGAUGUGAGCCACGUGACGACGUGCGCGCAAGGGACGUUAGGGUAUUUGGAUCCGGAGUACUAUCUUAACUUCCAGUUGACGGACAAGAGUGACGUGUACAGCUUCGGCGUGGUGUUGUUCGAGCUGUUGACUUGUAAGAAGGCGAUUGAUUUUAACCGGGAUGAGGAAGACGUGAAUCUUGUGGUGUUUUUGAGGAAGGCGUUGAGGGAAGGGAGGUUGGAGGAGAUGAUUGAUCCGUUGAUGUUGAAAGGAGCGACGGAGGUGGAGAUGGAGAGUAUGAAGGAGCUUGGUGUUCUUGCCGAGCGGUGCGUGAAGGAGACGAGGCAGAGCCGGCCAACGAUGAAAGCUGCUGCCAAGGAGAUUGAAAGUAUUUUAAAUGGACUUUUGCUUCUGCGCCGUGAAUGAUAUAAUUCGAAUUUUUGAAAAAAAAUUGUAAAACGAAGUUUCUUUGUGUUGUCGUUUAAGAAUUUCGUACAUAGUAUGAGAUGACAAGAUAGAGUGUCUUCUUACGAAAUGUGAAUUUGAUCUAGUAGAUGAUCUAAUCUCACGUGACUCAUGGUGCUAAAGUAUCACUAAAUUUUUGUUUCUUCUGGUCAAUGUACAUAGAUCAAGUGAUAUGAGCUUUUAAGAAAA